AUGCUGAGUACAUUGAGGAAAAUAGUGGAAAAGCAUGAAGCAAAUUUUAACCCAAAUGACAUCAGGAACGUCAUCGACAGUUAUAUAAAAGAAAGGAAAGACAGAAAAGCCAAGAGUGAUCCAACCGCUAAAUUCUUCACCAAUGAAUCUCUUGUAUCAUCACUGGUUCAAUUCGUUGGUGACGGUGCUCUUACUGUCUCUAUCUUCAUCGGAGGUUUCUUGCAAAGCCUUGUACAGAAUCCAGAAUGCCAAGAAAAAAUGUAUCAGGAGAUAGCUGAAGUGUUGGGCACAGAAAGACUUCCAAUUAUGGAUGACAAAAGCAGUCUUCCGUACGUUAAUGCUUUUUUGCAAGAAGUUAUUAGAUGCUCUGAAUUUUUUCCUAUGUUUCCCAGCUUACAAUGCACAAAGGAAACAACGGUCAUGGGAUAUAGAAUACCCAAAGGAGCCAUAACUAUUCUCAACUCCUGGUCUGCAAACCAUGAUCCACUAGUCUACGAUGAUCCAUAUAAAUUCGACCCUUCAAGAUUUAUCACUCGCCCUGGGAAGCAAAGAUCAGAAACGCCAAUCAUUUUUGGAAUUGGAAAGCGAUCCUGUGCAGGUGAGGCGUUUACAAUGAUGCAGGCGUUUUUGUUUUUAACAGCAACGGUACAAAACUUUAAGGUUUGCCCGGCAGAAGGAUCGGCAACUAAAGCAUCAAUAUUUUAUGAGCCUGAAGACAUGAAACUAAUACUGAAGCCCAGACAUCUAAAGUAACAUUGAGAGCUCUAACUGGAAAUGAAAGUUAGCUCGUCACCGAACAAAGUGUAGAAAACUUCCUUGGAGCAUCUUGAUGACCAUUGAAUCAAUUGCCUAUUUUCAAUCACUAAAUGUAAUACAAUAGUCCAGUAAGUCCGAGGUAAAGCUUGACCACGAAAAGAAGCGGAUGACCUUGAAGCGAAACAUCAUUUGUAUCAUUUGUAAUAGGUAGAAUCUGCCAGAAAGCACCCGCCUUCUGUUCGUGGUCAAGCUAUAAUCGUGGCUUGAGCUACCUCGGAUUAUUGAAAAAUUUGGUUAUCCGGAAAAUUCUUCCAGAUUAAAAUGUUACAGCUUUUAACUGACAUAAGGAGAAGCACCUUUUACUUCCUUUUACAAGGAACAGCAAGUUUUAUAUUCGUGAAAAAUGUAUUAUUGGAAUUUGAACAUAAAUUUCGCUUUCAAUUA